GCCAGAGGAGCUUCAAAUCACUGUUUAGCUAGGAGCAGUGGAAAGUUGUUGUGUAACAAGAGAAACAACAGGACACCCAACCAGGAUUACGCGUUCUCUUAAAAGCACACGGAGGGUCUCUCCUCGAAUAUUUACGUUCCAUAUUUGUCUGUAUUGUUAUUGUAUUUCAGCCAAAAUGUUUUCCCUGUCGUCGUUUCAGCCACAGCAGAUGAUUGUGCCCCUCGGCCAGCUCCUCAGCGCCCUCCACUCCCUGAAGAACGCAGCCACGGCGUCAGUGCAGACCCUGCACAAAGACUUCUGCCCCGAGCACACUGCACUUACAAAAGAGCCCAACACGAACCUUGGAGAUCUGGGUGUGUCGGACAUUCGGGGCAGUCACCUGGACGAGCUGCUGGACAGGCUGUUGCCGGCGCAGAGCUCGGAGGGACAUCCUGCCUUCCCCACAGUGUGGAAGACCAGUCACGUUUCCGCACACAGCUUCUUUCACAACAAGCACGGGUUCGCAAACAAAAGACUUUUCGGCUCGCCAAUAUUCCACAGGCGUAACCACAGACCUCUACAAGACUUUUGCGCCGAGCUUCACUUUUUACCCUUGUGGCUCCAGAGUCGAGGUUUCAAGAUUGUCAGAGGGAAGAGUAGACAGACGACGUCUGCUGACGAUGUUCCGGCUGAGCUGGAUCCCUACACGCCAGCUUUCAUGAAGGGUUUUCUGAUGCGGGAAAAGGGAGCAGAGGCUCAGUCGUUGGACCAACUAACGAAAAGCAAGAACCUUCCGGCGAACCAAGAGGAGGCCUUCAAGUCGGGCUUCUCCGAGGGCUUCAUGCGAUCGCAGGCCUUCACGCAGAAGACUCAAGAUUCGUUGAAGAGAACCAGGCUGGUCCUGUUAGUGCUUCUCCUGCUCGGCAUUUACGGUCUGUCCAGAGCCCCCUUCCUCUCGGUGAGGUUCCGCACCACAUCGGGCCUGGACUCGGCCCUCGACCCCAUCCAGAUGAAGAACGUGACGUUCGAGCACGUCAAGGGAGUGGAGGAAGCCAAGAACGAGCUGCAGGAAGUGGUGGAAUUCCUCAGAAGCCCCCAAAAGUUCACCGUUUUGGGUGGGAAGCUGCCCAAAGGGAUCCUCCUGGUCGGGCCACCCGGCACCGGGAAGACGCUGCUCGCCCGAGCGGUCGCCGGCGAGGCGGACGUGCCUUUUUACUACGCCUCGGGGUCGGAGUUUGACGAGAUGUUUGUGGGAGUUGGCGCCAGCCGCAUCAGGAACCUGUUCAAGGAGGCCAAAGAAAACGCGCCUUGCGUCAUCUUCAUCGACGAGCUGGACAGCGUCGGUGGGAAGAGGAUCGAGUCUCCCAUGCAUCCGUACUCACGACAAACCAUCAACCAGCUGCUGGCUGAAAUGGACGGGUUUAAGCCAAACGAGGGCGUCAUUGUCAUUGGUGCUACCAAUUUUGCUGAGGCGCUGGAUAACGCUCUGGUGCGGCCGGGCAGGUUCGACAUGCAGGUGCCGGUCCCUCGACCUGACGUGAAGGGACGCACUGAGAUCCUCAACUGGUACCUUGCCAAGAUCAAAGUGGACUCUGCGGUGGAGCCUGAGAUUAUCGCCCGGGGCACGGUGGGCUUCACGGGGGCCGAUCUGGAAAACCUGGUCAACCAGGCGGCCUUGAAGGCGGCGGUGGACGGAAAGGAGGUGGUCACCAUGAAGGACCUGGAGUUCGCCAAGGACAAGAUCCUCAUGGGCCCCGAGAGAAGGAGCGUGGAGAUCGACAAGAAGAACAAGACCAUCACGGCGUAUCACGAGUCGGGACACGCCAUCGUGGCUUACUACACCAAGGACGCCAUGCCCAUCAACAAGGCCACCAUCGUGCCGCGAGGACCCACGCUCGGACACGUGUCCCUGCUCCCGGAGAUGGACCGCUGGAGUGAGACCAGGGCGCAGCUCCUGGCCCAGAUAGACGUCAGCAUGGGCGGGCGAGUGGCGGAGGAGCUCAUCUUCGGAGACGACUACGUCACCACAGGUGCAUCCAGCGACUUUGAUGGAGCGACCAAAAUUGCUAAUCUGAUGGUGACCAGGUUCGGCAUGAGCGACAAGCUUGGCGUCAUGACCUACGGCGACGUUUCCAAACAAAGUCCGGAGACGCAAGCCGCCAUCGAACAGGAAGUCAGGUUGCUGUUGAAGGACUCGUACGAGCGAGCCAAGACCCUCCUGAAGAUGUACAAAAAGGAGCACGAGAAGCUGGCUGACGCCCUCCUCAGGUAUGAGACUCUGGACGCCAAAGAGAUCCAAAUGGUUCUGGAGGGAAAACCGCUGGACCACUAAGAUGCUUCCAUACAUAACAACCCAGAACGCUGGGAUUCAUUGACAACUCUGGGCUGCUGUUUCUAGUCUUUUUGAAAUGUCAUUCCAUGAAAUGUUGAGGUCGUAGUGGACGACAACGGAACCUCAUUUCAAGGACAACGAACUAUAAAAUACACACACCUUGAUAAGCGGUGCUUCUGUUUAUUUACUUGGGGUACCUCAACUAGAAGGUAUAAUUUUGUAUAGACUGGUGCUUUUGCGACAUCUUACUUUAUAAGAACUACUUUUAUUUAUUAAAAUGCCCUGUUUUACUCAGAUUAGUGAUCAAGUGUUGCUCAAAUAAAGGUCACGCUUAUUCAAACUGG